AUGGCAAAUCCAGAGGAAAUUCCACCCAACAACACGCUUACACAAGACGGAGGAGAGACAGGCCCAGAGUUGGAGGUUGUAUCUGUUACAGAGGAGGAGCUUCCUGUUGUCCAGACUCCCACCACUGCUGAUGUCAGCACAUUAGGCUCCGCCCAUGGCAACAACAACACCCCUCCCCCUGACAACCAAGAUGGCCCACCUAACGAACCAGCCCUGCCCACUGAGGCCGGAGAGACCAAUCAGACGCAGGACUCACACACAGACCCCACUGCUCCACCCUCUCACACCUUACCAGUCACUAAAGUACAGCCUUUUUUCUCUGAGAUGCAGAGUCUCGGGAGUCGUCUGUUGGCUCGCAGGAUGGAGUUACUGAUCGGAGUGUGUGUCCUGGUCCUAGUCAGCCUCAUCUUCGCUAUUGGCCUUGGAGGUGUGGGUCUGAGUUGUGUUGGAAAGUUCCGGUGCUCCACGUCUGUCUGCAUUCCGCUCUCAGCUCAGUGUGACGGGAGAGAAGAUUGCCCAGCAGGAGAGGACGAGCUGAGCUGUGUGCGAGUCAGUGGGCGUUCUCUGGUGCUGCAGCUGUUGUCUGCAGGAGUGUGGAGGACAAUCUGUGCAGACGGCUGGAAACACAGUCUCACCCAGCAUGCCUGCUACCAGCUGGGAUACCCCAGUUAUAUAGAUUCUGCUUUUGUGGCGCUGAAGGCCGUGGAGGAGGAGUUUCAAAGCAACCUGGUGUCAAUCAAUCUGACGGAACCCGGCCUCCUUCAACACGUCAAAAUACACAACUCCAGCUAUCUCAGCAGAACACAGUGCCCAUCAGGGAUGGUCGUCACACUCCAAUGCCAAGCCUGUGGCUCCAGGCCUCGUUUCGGUGCCCGUAUCGUGGGGGGGAACGUGUCGGGGGAGGGGCAGUUCCCAUGGCAGGUCAGCCUCCACUUCCACAGCGAGCAUCUGUGUGGAGGCUCCAUCAUCACACACACCUGGGUCCUCACCGCCGCACACUGCGUCUACGGAUUUGCAUAUCCCCGCCUGUGGGCGGUGCAUGUGGGGCUCAUCGACCAACCAGUAUAUGGAGCCCAGUCCGUUGCCGUGGAGAAGAUCAUCUACCACAGCCGGUACCGCCCCAAAGGGCUGGACUAUGACAUCGCACUGAUGAAACUAGCCAAUCCACUGACUUUUAAUGGAUUGGUGGAGCCCAUCUGUCUGCCUGGCUUUGGGGAGGAGUUUCAGGAGGGGAGGAUGUGCUGGAUCUCAGGCUGGGGUAGCCAGGAGUAUGAAGGUGAGCCCAGUGUGUCUCUACAGGGAGCUCGGGUCCCUCUCAUGUCCUCUAAGGUGUGCACUCAGCCAGGUGUGUAUCCAGGAAUCAUCUCUCCGGGAAUGAUCUGCGCUGGAUACCUGGAUGGAGGAACUGACUCCUGUCAGGGUGAUAGUGGUGGUCCCCUGGCGUGUGACGUGGACUCUGUGUGGAAGCUGGUGGGAGUGGUCAGCUGGGGGGGGAAAAGGGACAUUAGAAAUUAACCUGGAGUCUACACACGCGUCACACACACACUCCGCUGG